GGCGUUUCACUUUUCCCAGGUCCAAUCAGAUGUGAGGAAGCAGAAAAUACUUCCUGCUUAGUUCUUCCGUGUGCAGCUGGUCAGCUGACUGACAGUCAUGCGAUUCCGUUUCUGUGGAGAUUUGGACUGCCCAGACUGGGUACUUGCCGAAAUCAGCACAUUAGCAAAGCUUUCAAGUAUCAAAAUGAAACUACUGUGUGCUCAAGUGCUGAAGGAUUUGCUCGGGGAUGGCAUUGAUUAUGACAAGGUUACAAAACUAACUGCAGAUGCAAAGUUUGAGAGCGGAGACAUCAAAGCUAGUGUGGCUGUGCUCAGCUUCAUUUUCUCCAGUGCCGCAAAGCAUGAUGUUGACAGCGAAUCUCUUUCCAGUGAGCUGCAGCAGCUCGGUCUGCCGAAAGAACACACAACAGGGCUCUGCAAAUCAUAUGAGGACAAGCACUCGGCGCUGCAAGGCAAACUAAGAGAGACAAGCCUGAGAUUGGGCCGACUGGAGGCUGUUUCAUGGCGCAUUGACUACACUCUGAGCUCCAGUGAGCUGAGGGAAGUGAAUUCACCAAUAAUUCAGCUUAAACUGCAGACACAAGGAGCAGAGUCGGGUUCCACAGGGACGACUGUUGUCUCUGUUUCCGCUGACAAGUUCCGAGUCUUGCUUGCAGAGCUCAAACAAGCCCAAACUAGGAUGAAUGGACUACAAUGAGGAUGAUCAUGAGUCAAAAAGAAAUGAUGCUAAAAAGGCUACCCAAAGAGCCAUGCUUACAUCUUGUACAGUACAAUUUUUAUAUUUAGUCAUCUCAGAGGUCAUGUGAAUGACU